CUCUUUUUGUAAAUAAUAAUAAUAAUAAUAAUUAACUCUUAUAAGUCUACCACUGAUCUAAUAAAUUUCCAAUUUGUGAGCAAAACAGAGUUCAGUUCAGAUUCUAUAAUGGCAUCUCAUACGGCACUCCACCCAAGCAAUCUUGAUGGUGACCAAAAAGAAGAAGAUGAGAGCUUCGUCUACGCGGGCCAACUGGCAAACUCACUUGUGCUGCCCAUGGCCCUGCAAACGGCCAUUGAGCUCGGCGUUUUCGAAAUCCUGGCCAAAUCAGGUCCUGGAGCUAAGCUCUCCUCCUUACAGAUUUCAACAGAGAUGCCCACCACAAAUCCUGAGGCACCCAAGAUGCUGGACCGCAUCCUUAGGAUGCUAACUAGCCAUUCUGUGCUGAGUUGCUCUGCGGGUGCUGAUGAUGCUGGGUCUUUUCAGAGGCUCUACUCUCUUUCACCUGUGUCUAAACACUUCGUUCCUGACCAAGACGGAGUCUCCUUCCGCCCUAUGAUGGCCCUCCUUCAAGACAAGGUCUUCUUAGCUAGCUGGUCCCAGCUAAAGGAUGCAAUUCUUGAGGGAGGAGUUCCAUUCGAUAGGGUUCAUGGCACGAGUGCCUUUGAGUAUAUUGGCAUGGAGCCCAGGUUUAAUAAGGUUUUUAACACAGCUAUGCUCAAUCACACUACAAUGCUUUUUAAGAAGAUCCUUGAGUCCUACAAGGGCUUCGAGCCACUCAAGCAAUUGGUCGAUGUUGGUGGUGGUCUAGGCGGCGCGCUUCACUCAAUUACUUCAAAGUAUCCCCACAUCAAGGGCAUUAAUUUCGACUUGCCUCAUGUCGUACAACAAGCCCCAUCUUAUCCAGGUGUGGAACAUGUAGGAGGAGAUAUGUUCAAAAGCGUUCCUAAUGGAGAUGCAAUCUUCAUGAAGGGGAUACUUCAUGAUUGGGGUGAUGAACAGUGCUUGAAGCUUCUGAAAAACUGCUAUACAGCCAUUCCAAAUGAUGGGAAAGUAAUCGUUGUGGAGAUAUUUCUUCCAAUGAUGCCCGAGGUUAGCACUUAUAUGAAGCGCAACUCUCAACUUGAUGUGCUUAUGAUGGCUCAACACCCAGGAGGGAAGGAAAGGACGCGGCAAGAACUUGAGGCCUUGGCAACCAAAGCUGGAUUUAAAGGCAUCAAAUACGAAUGCCUUGUUUAUAGUUUCCAGGUCAUGGAAUUUUUUAAAUAGAUUGCUUGCUUGUAAACUUUAUACUGUAUCUGUUGUGGACAUGUUUUGUACUCAUGCUAAUGGUCUAUGAUGACCUGUAUCAAGCAAAUAAGAGCGGCUCGGUAUGGUAUAGGACACCUCAGACGCCUAUAAGUUAGAAUAAAGCAUUCUGAGUAUUUCAAUUUUC